GUUUCCUCCCCUCCAUUCUGUGCAAUCCUCAUGAACGCCCCAAGUCGAAGCGAUGCGUACAUCGUCCCUGAAGGGGCGGCCAAGGUUGUGUAUGAAAAGGACACGCGCAUCAGCAACGCUGGUCAAUUUACGAUCUUGCGAGAAGACCACACAGUUGCAAACCUCAUUCGAAUGCAGCUGCUUCGUGACAAGAACGUCACGUUUGCAGGGUACCAGCACCCGCAUCCACUCGUGAACGACGUCAAGAUCCGCAUUCAGACCAACAACAACUCGUCCCCGAUCCAAGCACUCGGUAACUGCCUUGACGAUCUCUCGAUCGAGUUUGACGAGUUGGCGCUUCUCUUCCGCCGUCUUACUGGGAACACGAAGGACCAAGGCGGGUUUAGCUAGAGUCCAUUCGUACACCCUUCUACACUAUGUCCCUCAUGUUUAUCGAUUUAAACCACUGCCAUGUUGCGGAAAUCCCUUCGGCAAAUGCAUAUUGCGCCUCGAACCCGAGCUUCUCCCGCGCCUUUCGUGGGUC